AUGUCUUUAUGGAACGGCAAGGUGCCGCUGCAAAUAUACAACAAGUGCCCAGAUACGUUAUGGCCGGCAAUAUAUACUGCUAGCGGCACAGGACCAGAUACAGGAGGCUUUGAGCUCACGGCCGGCUCAAACCAGUCGCUGGAAGUGUCCUCGAACUGGGACGGAAGGGUAUGGGCGAGGACAAACUGCACGUCAUCUGGCGAUGGGCUGCUGGACUGCCAGACGGGGAGCUGUCAGGGCCAGAUGAACUGCACCUACCUAUCUGGCUCACCUCCCGCAACCUUGGCAGAGUUCACCCUCUCCGGCGGCGUGUCCAGCUCGCAGAAUUUCAUCGACAUCUCCCUCGUCGAUGGAUACAAUAUCCCUCUGGGUCUUGAGUAUAUCGCCGACCCGACCAGCAACACCACCGCCCCACCCCCAAAUCUCGUCUCCCCAGCCUGCAUCGCCACCAAGGGCUACCUGUCUGCGCCCAACCGCACCGGCACCGACUACACCAACAGCACAUACCCCAUGCCCUACGAGAAGUCCCAGACAGACAGUCAUGUCGGCCACUGGUGUCCCUGGCCCUUACAGGUCGACCCCCCGGCCAAGCCUGGCGCAGGCGUCUAUCCGUACCCAGACGACAACAUCGUCCGCCCCGUCUUCGAUCCGUGCCUCUCCGCGUGUCAGAAGACGGGCGAUGCCAAGGACUGCUGCACGGGCUCGUACGACUCGUCUUCAAAGUGCCCCCGGAGUCUGUACAGCCGCAGCGCCAAGGCCGUGUGCCCGGAUGCGUACAGCUACCCGUACGACGACGGCACCUCGACGUUUGUGAUUCCCGGGGGAGGCGGCUGGAGCGUCACGUUUUGCCCGGAGGGAAGAAGCACUGACAUCCUCGCCACAUUCGGCACGCUCAUCAGCGAGUGGGCAGCGUCGGGCGUCAUGAGCGAGGAUAUCUUGGCCGCGGCGAGUAAUGUGACGUACAUCGAGACGCACGGCGGGGCGGUUGGUAGCAGGGGUCGCCCUGGCGUCGGCAAGGUGCUGGUGGCUGCGCUGGCGGUAUCGCUGGCGAUGAUGAGCUCCUCAUGGUGA